CGGGCUUGGCAGCCAUGGCGCCCGCAGCACUCAGGCCUGCCCUCCCACAGGCCCCGUGUUUGUGGGCUCUGUAAUUAGUUUGCAUUUUGGGUCUCAGACAAAUCAUCCCACAUACUUAUUUGCUUAGCAAAUACAGACGUUUCAAAGUCAUCUGGAAUUGGAUUCUUCUAGACAGGGAGCAGAUGCGGGAGAAAUAGAAUUGAAAACACAAUCCUCUCACCCAGAAGACCUCACCAGAGUCAAGUGACUUAUGGCAGCAAAAUAGAAGCUACAAUUUCCAGGAUUUGUUCAAUACCUUAAGAUGUCAGGAAGGAUCCAGGAUUUUUCUCAUCAACCUCCAUACUAUCUUCAGAGUACUGGCUUUCCUCCACUGGUCACAAGAUGGCAACACCACUGCACACCACGACCUUAUUCAAAUAUGUCUAAAGAAAAAAAGGAAGGUACAGAUGAAGAUUCCAACUGUGCCCGGGUUCUUUCUUAUCAUGGAGGACAAUUUUUCCAGAAGCACCACAGUAGUUGUUCUGUCUAGUCACUUUGUGCAAGACUGAGGCAAUGUCCCCACCAAGCUGAAGCUCAGAUUUCACAGGUGGGACGAGAUGGACCCUCCCGCAAAGCUGGACUACAGCCUGCAGGCUCUUCUGGAAGAGCUCAGUCAGGAUGAACUGAGCAAGUUCAAGUCUUUAUGGAAGGCACUUCCCCAGAAAAGGGAGCAGUUGCAGGUCAUCCAGGCGGAGGUAGACGAGGCUGAUACGAAGCAGCUGGCAGAAAUCAUCAUCAAACACUAUGUCAGCUACUGGGUGAGCACGGCGGCCAUCUGCGUCUUUGGCAGCAUGAACCGGAUGGAUCUGGCUGAGAGAAUAAUGAAUGUACUCAGAGAAGCAGCUAUGAGAUCACUUGAGAAAAACAAGCCCCUCUCACUGGGCAUAAAGUGGACAGAGCCCCCAGUCAAUGAAGAGGAGGAAGAAAUAAUACGGCGCUUAGAAGAAGGAGACCCAGAGUUGAAAAAAAGACGGAUAAAAGAUCGUUCAAACCAGAAAAGAGCUAGAAGAUUUCUGGAAGGAACAAAGCCAGGUAAGGAGGACAAAUACAGAGGGAUCAUACAGAAGAAGCUGUGGAAAGCCUGGAAGAACAAUGGGCCUCGAGAAAGUGACUACAUUAGCGAAGUCACCCAGAGAGUCAAGAUGCAGAUCCCCUUAUGUGACCCGAGGACGUUUCCGGGGGUGUUUCCGCUCACGGUGGUGCUCCAUGGCCCCGCGGGCUUUGGGAAAACCACACUGUCCAGGAAAGUGAUGCUGGACUGGACAGAUACCCUCCUGGAUAAGACGUUCAGAUUCGCCUUCUACAUCACCUGCAAGGAGCUCAACCGCAUGGGCCCGUGCACCUUCAUAGAGCUGAUCUCCAAGGACUGGCCGGAGUGGCAGGAUGACCUGUCACAGGUCCUCGCCCAGGCAUACAAGAUCCUCGUCAUUAUUGAUGGAUUUGAAGACCUGAAAGUCCCCGAGGGGGCCCUGAUCCAAGACAUCUGUGGCGAGUGGGACGAGCGGAAGCCAGUGCACAUCAUCCUGAGCAGCAUCCUGAUUGGGAGGCUGCUACCCAGCGCCUCCAUACUGAUCACCACGCGCACCGAGGCCAUGGAGGGUCUCCAGCUCCUAGUGAAUCGGUCCCUCUUCCUAGAGAUCGAGGGCUUCCUGGAGCAAGACAGGAAGGCCUAUUUCUUGAGACACUUUGAAGAUAAGGAUGAUGCCCUGCAAGCUUUGGACUUGGUGAAGAGCAACGCGGCCUUGUUCCGCAUGAGCGCAGCGCCCGCCGUGUGCUGGAUCAUCUGCACGUGUCUGAAGCUUCAGAUGGAGAGGGGGCGGGACCCGGCCCCCAGCUGCCUGACCACCACGUCGCUGUUCCUGCGUUUCCUCUGUGGCCAGUUCAUGCCCGCGCCCGGCGGCAGCCCCAGCCACCACCUGCGUGGCCCGCUGAGGACCCUGUGCCUCCUGGCCGCCCAGGGCACGUGGACACAGACAUGGGUGUUUGACGCAGAAGACCUCGGGAGCCUUGGGGUGCAGGAGGCCGACCUGCGUCCUUUCCUGGACAAGGGCGUCCUCCAUCAGGGCAGGGACUGCGAAGGCUGCUACUCCUUCGUCCACCUGAGCAUCCAGCAGCUCCUGGCUGCCACAUUCUACAUCCUGGAGAGGGAGGAGGAGGAUGACGACGACGACGACGACUGGGAGAGCCACACGCGGGACAUCGGGGACGUGCAGAAGCUGUUCUCCAAGGAGGAGAGACUGAAGAACCCCAACCUGAUCCAGGUGGGAUACUUCUUAUUCGGCCUCUCGAAUGAGAAGAGAGCCCAGGAGUUGGAGAUGACUUUCGGCUGCCGAGUGUCUCUGAAGAUCAGAGAGGAGUUACUGAAAUACAAAGCAAAUCUGGAUGAGAAUAAACCCUUCUCGGAGACGGACACGAAGGAGUUUCUGUACUGCCUCUAUGAGUCUCAGGACCAGGGGCUGGUGAAGGAUGCCAUGGCCCGCUUCAAGCAAAUGUCCCUGCACUUGAGAGAUAAAACGGACAUGAUGCACUCUGCCUUCUGCCUCAAGCAUUGUCGACACCUGCAGAAAAUCUGGCUGCAUGUAACGGAGGAGGUAUUCUUGGAGAAUGGUGCUGCGUCGGAACCACAGGCUCAGCUUGAGAGACCCCAGGAUGAUCGAGACAUACUUCGUUUCUGGAGAGAGAUUUGUUCCAUGUUUGGCUUAAAUAAGAAUCUGACAUUUCUGAAGAUCAAAGACAGUUUCUUUGGUACCUCAUCAGCGCAGCUUCUUUGUCAAGAAAUACUUUCUACCACCUGUAAUCUCCAGAAAGUGGUCCUCAAAAACAUUUCCCCAGCUGAUUUUUAUCAGAACUUCUGCUACGCUCUAAGUCGUCACAAGACUCUAACACAUCUGACCCUUCAAGGCAAUGACCAGAAUGACACGCUUCCCUCAUUGUGUGAAAUCCUGAGACACCCAAAAUGUAACCUGCAAUAUCUCAGGCUGGUGUCCUGCUCUGCUACCCCUGAGCAAUGGGCCGAUCUCUCCAAGGCCCUGGAAACCAACCAGUCCCUGACCUGCCUGAUCCUCUCGGGCACCAAGCUCAUGGAUGAGGGCCUCAAGUUGCUGCAUGCGAGUUUGAGACACCCGAAGUCCUUCCUGCAGAAGCUGUUGUUGGAAAACUGUCACCUUACAGAAGCCUGUUGCAAGAACCUCGCUUCUGCUUUGAUUGUCAACCAGAGGCUAACCCACCUGUGCCUGGCCGAGAACACCAUUGGGGACAGAGGCAUGGAAGUUCUGUUUGAGGGCUUGGGUUACCCCGAGUGUAAACUGCAGGUCCUGGUGCUGUGGCACUGCAACAUCACCGACAAUGGCUGCAAACUCCUCUCCAAGGUGGUCAGACAAAAAUCAAGCCUGACGCAUUUGGAUCUGGGGCUGAAUCACAUCGGAACUAUUGGACUGAGGUCUCUGUGUGAGGCUUUGAAGGAGCCACUGUGUAACUUGAGAUGUCUGUGGUUGUGGGGUUGUUCCAUCACCCGCUUCAGCUGUGAAGACCUCGCCACUGCCCUCGGCGGCAACCAGAGCCUGAUCACUCUGGACUUGGGCCAGAACACCUUGGGGUUUAAUGGGAUAAAGAUGCUGUGUGAAGCUUUGAAACGUCCAAAUUGCCCCCUUCAGACACUCAGGUUGAAAAUAGAUAAAUAUGAUCCUCCAAUGCUGAAGCUGUUGGAGGACAUGAAAGAAAGCAACGCACAGCUGACCAUUGAAAAUGAUCUCUACGAUCCCAGGAAGAAAAGACCUUCUUCUCACUACUUCAUUCUCUGAAUCCCCUGCAGUCGCUCAUUCACCAGUGAAGUCGGGUCCUCGGAGGAUUGACAGAAAUGGAUCUUUAAGCCUCCUAUGGAGCCGCCUCAGGGAUAAGUUGGUUGCUGGGCUGGAUGCCACUUACACUGGGUUCUGCCUCUGGUUUCUGUAAAAGCACGCACAAGUCACUGAACCCUAGAGAUACUAUAGAAAUGUCUAUGUCACGGGGCUAUUGAGGGAAAUAAAGGUGAAAGCAUUU